UGGUGGACUCAACCAACUAAGAGAAUUUAAAAGGGGUGUUUAUGUUAAAUUGUAGCUCCAAAACUGACCGUGUCGUCUCUUAAAUGGACGGACGAACAAAGUUACAAGGAUUCAUUCAUGUUCAAUCAUGAAUAGUUUUUCCAUGACGCGACUGACCGGCCCAUGAAUGAAGUGGCCCACUGGGAAUCCUCCCGACUCUCCCGAUUACCCACUCCGCCCUUGGUAUCCAUAUCCUGAGAAAUCUGUGUGGAUUAUUGAAUGCACAUCUUCAAAACUACGUUACCCACAAUGCACCAGUGAAGAAUGACGAGGAAAAAGUGGACGUCCAAAGUUCAAGCAGCUGAAAGAGAAGAACUUAGAGCAGAAAAAGGGUGGUAAAUGUAAAGAAGCCUUUAUACACUGACAUAAAAUACUUUGCGUUUUACCACAGAGGAGUUUUACGGUUCUUUCAGCGAAACUAGCUUUCCUUUUUUAACAGCAGGCUCCAGUUAUCAGCAUGGCAGAAUCCAAAGAGCUGCUGCCUGAAGAUGUUGGAACAGAUGACUGCCUGGCUUCAUACACUCACAUCUACAGUCCAGAUUUACUAAAAGAUCAGGUUGCUUUUAUCACAGGAGGGGGAUCAGGAAUUGGACUUCGUAUUGCUGAGAUCUUCAUGAGGCAUGGUUGUGACACAGUCAUUUCCAGCAGGAACUUGGACAAACUCAAGGAGGCGGCAAAAAAGCUGUCGGCUGCGUCAGGACGGCGCUGUCUUCCUUUGUGCAUGGAUGUGAGACAGCCUGACAGCAUAGCUGCUGCGGUGGACGAGGCGCUCGCACAGUUUGGCCACAUAGACAUUCUUAUCAACAAUGCAGCUGGAAACUUCCUUUGCCCUGCUUCUGCACUUUCUUUCAACGGCUUCAAGACCGUCCUUGAGAUAGACACUCUGGGUACAUUCAACACCAGCAAAGUGCUUUAUGAGAAGUGGUUUAAGGAUCAUGGAGGCAACAUUGUAAACAUCUCUGCAACCCUUCAGUACAGAGGACAGGCCCUCCAGGUGCAUGCAGGGUCUGCAAAGGCAGCAAAUGAUGCUAUGACCAAACACUUGGCUGUAGAGUGGGGGCCCAGUGGGGUGAGGGUCAAUGCUGUGGCUCCUGGACCAAUCUCCGGCACAGAAGGCUACAGGAAACUGGGUGGUCCUACAGGGGAGGCCGCAGGUGUGUUUCAGUCCAUUCCUUUGCAACGAGCUGGCAACAAAACCGAGAUGGCCCACUGUGUUCUCUUCCUGGCCAGCCGGGCAUCUUCUUACACAACUGGAGCCAUCCUGGUUGCUGAUGGUGGAGCAUGGCUGACUUCAGCCAAUGACGUUUCCGCAAUGUUGGGUACAGUCUCCUCUAAAUCUGCUAAACUCUAAACAGGGACGCUGCUGUCCUCUCCUUGUCCCAGGUUAUUGGUCAUCUGAAAAGAAAAGGGGCAAGUGAUCAAGAGAAAUUUAGCAACUUUCUAGUAGCUCUUACCCAAAACAGUAUUUUUUGUAGUAAUUACUUAACUAAAGCACUACUAUUACUGUAUUUAAUGUUCAUUUGUAAGUGCAGUAAGGAACCAAUUAUGCAUUUGAUUAAAAAUAUUCUCCCAAUAACACCUAUGAAAUAAUAGGUAUCAAUCAUUUUUGUGUUUUGAUGUUUUUGUAUUAAUUUCUGUCAUAUUUUUAAAUAAUAAAAUAAGCGUUGGAUUAUAAAAAAAA